AAUCCUAGUCUUUCUAUGCAAGAGCAGUGGAGCUUCGUGGGAAGACCCGGUAAGCUUUGAAGUAAGACCAUGAAUCAACACUGGUAGUUGAUUCCUCCGCCUAUAAGAACCACCUUCUCUUCUCUUUCUCUCCCUCAAACUCGCCACCAUUGACAGACCUUUUCUUUUCCCUCUCUGUCUCUCUCUCUCUCUCUGUGUUUUGGCUUCGUCCUUUGCUCUGUUCUUGAUCUCGAGAGAGGCAAAGGAAAAAGGAGAAGAGAAGAGAAGAGAAGAGGGAGAGAGAAUGGCCGAUGCGAUGGCGACCAAGAGCGUGGCGAGCAACGAGAAUGGGAACAAGAAGAUGAAGUGCGAGGCGGGGGAGGGCGGGCGGAUCCGGGGGAGCGUCGUGCUGAAGAAGAAGAAGACCACGGACUUCACGAGCUUCGCUUCGACGGUGCGGGACGUGGGUCGUGGCUUGGUGGACAAAGUGACGGGUCAUGAGCUGGCGGGGAAGGACGUGUCCCUGCAGUUCAUCAGCGCGGUCAACGAAGAUCCUGGGAAUGCGUUGCGAGGGAAACUUGGGAAACCAGUACACCUGGAGGAUCCGGUGAACACUAGCGCUUGUUCGACACCAGGUGAAUUGGCAUUCGGUUUGACACAUCAUUUGGACCAGGAGAUAGGAGUUCCAGGAGCAUUCCUGAUAAGAAACAAUCAUCACAUUGAGUUCUUCCUCAAGACAGUCACUCUUGAAGACGUCCCUGGUCAUGGUCAGAUCCACUUUGUUUGCAACUCCUGGGUUUAUCCUGCUCAGCACUACACAAAGGACAGGAUCUUCUUCGCCAAUAAGACAUAUCUUCCAAGCGAAACACCAGCACCACUUAGCAAGUACAGAGAAGAAGAAUUGGAGAACCUGAGAGGAGAUGGAACAGGCGAGCGCAAAGAAUGGGAGAGGGUCUAUGACUAUGCCUGCUAUAAUGAUUUGUCCGAACCCCAGAAGGGUCCAAAAUAUGUCCGUCCAAUUCUUGGGGGGUCUAGUGACUAUCCUUAUCCUCGUAGGGGAAGAACAGGCCGACCACCAAACAAGGAAGAUCCAAAUGUUGAAAGCAGGUUACCAAUCCUUCAGAGCUUGAGCAUCUAUGUCCCGAGGGAUGAGCGAUUCAGCCACAUAAAGUUUUCGGACUUGCUGGCUUUUGCUGUGAAAUCUGUUGCCCAUUUCCUUAUACCCGCGGCUGAAGGACAAUUUGAUAGCACCCCGGGUGAGUUUGAUAACUUCCAAGAAAUUCUAAAGGUUUAUGAAGGGGGUAUCAAGCUGCAGAAGAACCAGUUCAUUGAAAGUGUAAUGGAAAGCGUCCCUUCGGAGAUGCUCAGGGAACUUCUUCGUACAGACAGCGACGGUUUCCUCAAAUUUCCGAAGCCCCAAGUCAUUAAGGAAGAUAAAUCAGCAUGGAGUACAGACGAGGAGUUUGCGAGAGAAAUGCUGGCAGGGGUGGACCCCGUUGUCAUCUGUUGUCUCCAGGAAUUUCCUUGUGAAAGCAAGCUCAACCCUGAAAAUAAUCCAGACAUGAGAGUAUAUAUAGAAGAAAACUUGGGUGGGCUCACCCUGGAUGAGGCUAUCGAGGAGAAGAAAUUGUUCAUUUUAGAUCAUUACGAUACGCUGAUGCCAUUCCUUCGGGGUAUAAACACAACUUCGACAAAGACCUAUGCCACAAGGACUCUUCUAUGCUUGAAAGAAGACGGAACUUUGAAGCCAUUGGCAAUUGAACUGAUCUUGCCCCAUCCUGAUGGGGAUGAAUUUGGUGAAAUAAGCAGGGUUUGCACACCAGCUGAGGAUGGUAUUGAGGGCUCACUUUGGAACCUAGCCAAAGCCUAUGUUUCUGUCAAUGACUCUGGCUAUCAUCAACUCAUCAGCCACUGGUUGAAGACUCAUGCAGUCAUCGAGCCAUUUGUGAUUGCCACCAAUCGGCAGCUUAGUGUUCUUCAUCCGAUUCAUAAACUUCUGCAUCCUCAUUUUCGUGACACCAUGAGUAUCAAUGGGUUUGCAAGGCAGAUCCUGAUUAGUGCAGGUGGAGCACUCGAGAUGACGGUUUUCCCUGCGAAGUUUUCGUUGGAAAUGUCAUGUGCUGCUUACAAGGACUGGGUCUUUCCCGAGCAAGCACUCCCUGCUGAUCUCAUCAAGAGAGGGAUGGCGGUAGAGGAUGCUAAUUCAAGACAUGGGCUGCGCCUAGUUAUAGAGGACUACCCGUUUGCCGUCGAUGGGCUUGAGAUAUGGUUCGCCAUUGAAACGUGGGUCCGGGACUACUGCAGCUUCUACUACAAGAAUGAUGAGAUGGUGCAAGAGGACACCGAACUUCAGUCCUGGUGGAAAGAACUCAGAGAAGAAGGUCACGGUGACCUUAAAGACAAACCUUGGUGGCCUAAAAUGCAUUCCCUAGACGAACUGAUCCAAACUUGCACUAUAAUCAUUUGGGUUGCUUCGGCUCUCCAUGCAGCCAUUAAUUUCGGACAAUACCCCUUUGGAGGGUAUCCCCCGAACCGGCCCGCGAUGAGCCGGAGAUUGCUUCCUGAAGAAGGAACUCCCGAGUAUGAAGAGCUCGAGACAAAUCGCGAGAAGGCUCUCCUGAAAACUAUAACUCCCCAGAUUCUAUCCUUGUUAGGGAUUUCCCUGGUGGAGAUUCUGUCAACGCACUCUCCCGAUGAGGUUUAUCUCGGGCAGAGAGAUACGCCUGAGUGGACCAGCGACGAAGGGCCGCUUCGAGCAUUCGAGAAAUUCGGGAAGAGAUUGGAAGAGAUCGAGCAGAGGAUCAUCGACAUGAACAGCGACGGGAAAUGGCGGAACAGGGUUGGGCCAGUAAGGAUGCCUUACACUUUGCUUUAUCCCAGCAGCGAGGUUGGACUCACUGGCAAAGGGAUCCCAAAUAGCAUUUCCAUAUGAAGCUGCUUCCUAUAUGUAAUGUCCUAAGCUACUGCAGAGAUGUUUUCGUUCUAUUGGUAGUUCGCUAGUUAUGCAGCAUAAGGAUGAUCCUUUGUGUUUUGAAAUACAGGGCAUAAAUAAAUUUCCACGGAGUUCUUUCUUUUCCUGUUCC